AUCAGAAGGUCAAUGACCAAUUAAUUACGAACCCAAACAUUUUUGGUUACCAUGGACAUUAAGUAAGUCGUGAGAUAAAAAAAUUUUAUCACAGAUAAUUUAAUAAUAAAAAAUUAACAACCUGUGGUAUUGAGUCACAACAGUCGUUACUUACAGUAGAUAAUUCUAUUCAUAUUUAUUGUUAUAUGAUAUAUUGUUUGGAAAAUACAAUCACUAUAGUUUCAAGUGUACGUCGAUUACCAGAAAAUUUUUGUUUUAAUAAUGAAGGCUUAUUCGAUUGCUUACGGAGCAUUGUUAUUUACUCUCGGAAGUGCAUGGGGAUUUUUCGAAGCCGAGGCGGUAAUGACGUUGAAGUACCACCAGCGUUAUUAUGCAAAUUGGGAGGAAUUAGAGUGUAAUGGAGAAUUUUCAGAAAGUAACUUUUUAAGACUCGAAUUGAUUUGUUCAGAGUGCGGGUCUUAUUAUAAUAAAUAUCAAAUCACUGACGAUUGUCGCCAAAAUUGCUUUUCGUCAUCGACCUUCAAGCCGUGUCUCGAUUUACACAAUCCGACCGACGCUAUGCUCUCAGGAUACAGAAAUAUCGUCCAAUCAAUUUCCGGACGAGAUCCUGAAUUUUAAUUAUCCAACAAAUUCAUCGAUUGCUAAUUAAUAAAAAUCAAGCACUUGAAAAUAUAAUAAUAAAAAAAAUGUAUCUUUUUUCUUUAUACUUAAGCAAAGUGGAGUAAAAGUUUUAGCUAAUGUAAAUUAAAAUGAAUAAUCUAUUAGUUGAUCGAUA